CCAAAUCACAGCGCACCGCUCCAGACAGGACCCACUGACACCUAUCAACUGAUUCCAGCUCUAAUUCGGAAAACGCUGCUAUUUAACCUAGCAUACUCAUAGUUCAGCAGGUGAUUAUCAACAACUUGCAAGUUAACUUUAGGCAUAUACUCGGUAAGUUAGUCUACUUUUAAAAGGUUGUUUUUUUGACAUAAGGAAAUAAGUUGUGCUGCAUCAGAAAAAAAGAGGCUAUCCUUUUCAGUAUCAGUCAGCAACUUUACCAAACUAUCUGACUUUCUUUGUUCAACUUUUGAGGGGUCUCUCCAUCGUUUGACUUUAUUCACCAUGCAACAACAUAGGAUGUACCCCGAAAGGAAGCCAAACACUCCCACCCCGGUCCCCUCGUGCUGUCUUUCCGUGGGUCGCCUGCCUCGCCCGCUAACCGUGAUGGCGUGCGGUUGGAGUCCGGGAGCUGUCACGGUUUGGAGAACUACCGUUUUCCUGCUCAACAUCGCGUGCACAGCGUCGGCCAAGAGACACGUCGUCUACUGGAACUCCACCAACACUAGGUUGACAGGAGGGGAUCUGUCCAUCCAGGUGAAUCUGAAUGACUACCUGGAUAUCUACUGCCCCCACUACCCUCACCCGUCUCCCCCCAGUGAGGAGGCCUACCCCCAGGCCCCACCAGACAGCCUGGCCCUGUACCUGGUGGCUGAGGGGGGGUUCAGGGGCUGUGUGGAGACCCAGGGGGCCAUCAAGAGGUGGGAGUGUAACAGCCCCCAUGCCGCCUUCGGCCCUGUCCGCUUCUCAGAGAAGAUUCAGCGCUUCACCCCCUUCUCUCUGGGCUUCGAGUUCCUCCCCGGACACCACUACUACUACAGCUCAUUGCCUACAGGGGAAAGCUCCCCGCUGCCCUGCAUGAAGCUGCGAGUCACAGUGUGCUGUGAGCCCACAACCAAAGGGUCCAAGCAGAACAAGCAGGAACAAGGUACCCCAGCUCUUCACAGUGAUGUGUGUUCAAUGAGGACAGUUUCUCUUCUCCUCCUAAUCCCACUCUUGAACUUCCUCUAUCUAACAUCCCUCUCUUCAAGCUGACCUCCUGAGUAUCUACCAUGCCCACUGUAGAUGGCCUGCCUCACCCACUCAGUCCCUACUUUAAACUAUCCACACCUCAUAGGGAGGCCAAGUCUUCAAUUCAGACCCUAAAAUAACUGCAAUAGGAUAGACGUCUACACACCAACACAUCACCUCUGUCUUUUCUGGAGUGGCACUCUUCUUUCUCGUCUUGGUCUCCUCUUUUCUCUCUGUCCACUCUCUCCUCUCGUUCCCCCUCUUCCAUCUCUCGCUCCUGACUAAAGCUCCCUCUGAAACACUGAUUCUAAUCUACCAUCAAAGCUCUCAUUCUUCAUGUCACACCUUUAUCCACUCCAUCCUGUCGACUCUCUCUUCCUCUCGUUCUCUGUCUCUGUGUGUGUGUGUGAACAUAAUGAGCCAGCUGAGCCAAAGUGGACCAUCCAGACGUUGUUCUGUUAAAUGACUACGGAGAGGACCAGACUUGACUGCUUCUGAACGGAACCAUGUUUUUGAGACGAAAAACAACUUUUUUGUAUCAAAAGUGGGACCAACUGUUAAACGUUAUUAAAACAGUUCACCAGUGACGACACUGCUUAAACCAGGAUAUGCUGUGUGAGUGGAACCCUGGGAAUGAUGAACUAGAAUAUUGUGACUGUUCUGCUACGCCCUCUACUGGGAUCAUACUGGUUAGACUGGUCCAACUGUUCUGUAACACCUGACACUCUGGGAUUGGAGAAUAGACCCUGCUACUCUGUGGUCUUCAUCUGACCAUAUCUGGAAUUAACUGGACUGUGUGUGGUGGUUUACCUCUGUCUUUAAAGGACCUGUUUACAGGUCUAGAUUAACUCUGAUUGCUGUUGUUUAGAGUGCUAUCAAGAAUAACUAAAGCACAGGUUACCCUGUAGUUAUAAAACAUACAUUUGUAUCAUCUUUUCAUUAAACAAAUAGCAUUAAAAAUGCCAUUUUAUUAUCAAAGCAAUUUAAAUUAAUACAUUUUAUUUUGAUUCAUCUUUUAUCUGUUGGUUAGAUAUGACAUUUUUGAAUUUAUUACUUCAAUGCAAUAUCAAAUUCCAUUCACAAAAGUAAUAUAACACUAAAUUGCAUUUACAGUAGAAGUGUUACAAAUAUACAUGUUUUCUUUUCAAAAGUGAGAGAUUAACCUGAAAUUAUUCUUAUUAAUUUAAUCUCACAAAAACGAGUAUAUUUAAAUUCAUAUUUCUGAUAAAUUGCUUAUCUUAAUCCAACAUAAUUAAUCAUUCUUAAAUACAGGCUUUUCUGGGAUGCAGUUUUUCCCACGUUCUAAUGUUGUCUUUGGUCAAGGCAUUUAGAAAACAAAGUUUUAUUUCAGAAUAAAUAUGUUGACUAUUAGAUAUGCCUGUAAGCACUUACUCAUGAAGAGGAGUCUGUAGUAUUACUUUACUCACACAUUUGGAUAACAUGCUUCAAUGAGAGUUAAAUAUUUAGUUCUAGUCUACACAGGUUAUUCAGGAAUAUAAUGAUUAUUCCAGGGGUUUAAACACAUAUGUCUGGAACCUUGUUGUAUAAAGCUGGUGCUCCCAGAUUUAGUUUUUUUUGUUUUCACAUUUUAGUGAAGUAUGUAGCAUCUUCUAUGAAGAGCGAACUGCAAACUGAGCCCUUUUAUACAAGGUGAGACGACAAAAUAAAGAUGAUUGCAAUGUCUUAA